UUCCCCCUCCCCGCAGAUGAAAGAGACGAUCAUGAACCAGGAGAAGUUAGCCAAGCUGCAGGCCCAAGUGCGCAUCGGCGGCAAGGGUACUGCUCGCAGAAAGAAGAAGGUUGUCCAUAGAACAGCUACAGCAGAUGACAAGAAACUUCAGUUCUCUUUAAAGAAACUGGGAGUCAACAACAUCUCUGGUAUUGAAGAGGUUAAUAUGUUUACCAACCAGGGGACAGUCAUCCACUUCAACAACCCUAAAGUUCAGGCAUCUCUGGCUGCUAACACUUUCACUAUUACAGGCCAUGCUGAGACAAAGCAGCUCACAGAAAUGCUUCCUAGCAUCUUAAACCAGCUUGGAGCUGACAGUUUGACUAGCUUGAGGAGAUUGGCAGAGGCUUUACCUAAGCAACCUGUGGAUGGAAAAGCACCACUUGCGACUGGUGAAGAUGAUGAUGAUGAAGUUCCAGAUCUUGUUGAAAAUUUUGAUGAGGCUUCAAAGAAUGAGGCAAACUGAACCUAAGUGACACUUUCUGAAUAAAAUUAAAACUUGAAAAGGCUAUGUGGAGCUGCUAUUUUAUAUUGUGACUGCUUUUAUUUGUGAUUUCUCUAUUUUGUAUUAUGUUUACUGAUUUGAGGUCUAUGAACUGUAAUGUUUGAAAACUCCUUGAACUUUGCAGCUCUUCUCAGUUACUGCUUGUACACAACAUUAAUUAUCUCUGCAGCUUGUUUGAACUGAACGGACCUAAAAACAAAAGUCUGAAGUCAGAUUACUAAUAAAAUCUUUACCUAAACA